GUUGCAUUCCAAAAAGAUGGCUCGAUAAUUGGAUACGGUUGUGCUCAUCUCAUGAGUAACGGUACACCGAUUUUGGCACCGAUAUAUUGUGAUUCAAAUGGAUCAUUUUUGGCCGUAAUCACUGAAUUACUCAGUUGUUUUAAUGAACAGUUAAAGAAGAAUAGCACGGCUGAUCUGAGACCAACAUCUUUGAAAACACAGCCAAUUACCACACUUCUUGAAGGCGCUGCAAAAGUCUUCAAGAAAACCUACAACUCGCCUCAAUUCACAAAAUUCAUACCAGAACAUGAUGCCGACAAGAUCUACAGUGUGGCAGAUCUUAAUUUAUGGAUUUGA